AUGUCUAAAUUCUUUAAAUUGGGCGAGCUACGAUCAAAAAUUGUGCAACCAUUACUUAAUCAAAUCGACAGGUAUACUCUGAGUAGACACGAAAGAUCACACAGUAUUGUGGAAAAUGUUAACACUGGUCCUAUGUUUGGAGAUAGUGAUUUAGUCCUUGCCGGUCCGGAUUUCUUGGAGCCAGAGACAAAUUAUGGUUAUAAAUCGUCAUACGAAUAUGCUCUGUUAUUAGAUGAUGAGUAUUUUAAUAUGGAUGAAUAUGAAGUUUUUCAAGUAAUCUCGAAAUAA